AUGGCCGGAAAAGGGGACGAUGCUGCCAUCGUCGUCCCGCCGGCUGGCGAUGUUGCCGGCGCCUCUGCUGUCUCAACUGUCGUCUCCACCUCCAACUCGACAUCCACAUCUACCCGGAGAUCCUUUCCGCCUUCCGCCAAGCUAGGUGUCCUUCCCACGACGGUGACCUGUACCUUUGCUGCUGAGGGCUCCGCCAAUGCAGUCUUCCAGAUGAGGCCGGGAGGUGUUGCUGCUGCUUCUACAGCUGCCUCUGCAGCGCCUGUAUCCACCACGAUGCUGCACCCUUCCAUCAUCACCUCGCAUCUUCUCCGCGUCCCCAAGGCUGCUCCUGGCGUCAGUCCCCACGUCUGCAUCGACCACCACGAUUACUAUGUGUCAGUGCUGCAGCCUUUGAUUGGCCCUGACUAUCUCGUCGGCCAGCGUCUUGUCUGCGGUGUCACUCAGCUUCACCCCCAUCUCAACCGCCUGCUGGCAGCCCACGACGACGAUCCUCACCGCCGCCGUCGUCCCGACUGGGCCGGCUGUCUGGUGGCCGAUAACGUUGACGUCGCCCUGCUCGUCGAGGACAUGACCGCUGCCACCGCUGCCACCGCCACCAUCCAGUUCAAGCCAAAGUGGCUUGCCCAGUCGCCCACCGCUCCUUCUGGCGCCCGUCGUUGUCGCACCUGCGCCCUGUCGGCUGCCCUGGCCAGCAAGGGACCUGGAAAGACCAGCAGGACUCCUAAGCCGUGUCCGCUCGUGCUCGUGGCCGAAGAGCAGGCGCUCCGUGCAAAUGGAACGGCCAAGGCGGCCGAUCGCCUCGACGAUGCCCUCUGGGAUUACCUCAGCCGCCACCUCGGGCCCAACGACCCUGCCUCGGCGCUGCUUCCGGCUGCCCGUGCUGCCAUUGUGCGCUGGGUACGCACGACCGAUCUCUUCCGCCGCCUGGCCGUCAUCCAGAGAGAGUACGACCCCAAGGGCGCGCUGUGUAUCCGACCGGGCGACGACGGCGCUGCUGCUGCUCAGGCGCUGGACCGUCUCCAGACCGCCAUGACGCUGCGCGACUGCACCUGUUACCUGCGCGUGUCUCUGCACGUCGACGGUCGCGUCUCUGCCGUCAGUGCCAAGCUCGGCGACCUCGACCGCAAGGACGGCCGCCGCCGUCUGGCCCGCUGGCAGGCCCAGGAGCGCGAGCUGAUCGACGGCGGCUUCUACACGGCCGCCGAGGAGCCGCGGCAGGCCACGCAGUGCUGGCUGGAGCGCUGA